AUGGUAAACGACGCAUCCUACACGAAGCAAAAAGUUGAUAUCAAGGCACACUGGAAUUUAUUGUGUCAAGAACAAACGGCUUCCUGGAUGAGUCAUGACGUGUUGGCACAAACAAUCGACAAAUAUGAAGCUGCCAUGAACAUGAAAGUUUCCAGCAACACAACACAUAUGUCGGACAGUAACAGUCAAAAACAAUCGACUCGAGAAAACAAACACCAGAUGUAUAAGAGUAAUUGCAACAAAACAGUUUUACCCAAACAGAUAUGUUUUUCUUGCGGUCACAUCGCAAAGCGCUGUACUUGGAAAAGAAGAGAUACACUUACGGCCACUAGAAACGUCAUGCGUUGCGAAACGAACAAAGAAACACAAAGACCACAACAAAAACAACAACGUCAACAGCAGAGGCAGUCAAAAAAGCAACCGCAACAACAUCAGGAACAAACUAAUGAUGAAAUAACAAAUUAUAAAAGUAUUGACAACAUAGGCUCCUCAAAAUAUGAUCAUAAAUCUUCUGGUGAGACUUUACCACCCAGAUCGUCCAAUGCCGAGAAUUUUUCGGAGAGCCUCAAAACUCCUGCGAAACAGCCUAAAUAG